AUGUUCAGUUACUUAUUUGGCACAUCGAAUGAAGGGCGCGACCCGCCCACCAUCCAGGAAGGUCACAAAGCUGUGGAAGUGGUGAUAGAAGGGGAGCGCCUCAAAGUCGAUGUGGAUGUUUUAGCCGACGUGUCAGGCUUAUUUCUUCAAGUACAAAGCACUGAUGCGAAGGAAUGUCCGCUGCUAGAUUUCCCUGGGGGAUUAGAGCGGUUUCGGGACAUUGCCGGUUUCCUGGUUGAUGGAGAGACGCUUGCAGUCACAGAGGAGACAGUGUUGGAUUUGAUGGAAGCAACAUGGCUGCUGGAAUGCCCACGCUUGUUGGAUGAUGUCAUGGAGUCACCGUUUGCAAAGUCAUUAUCAUCCAGGAGACGGGCGGAGAUACUGGAACAUAUUUUGCCAUAUACAGCGGCAAGCAGUCCUGCAGAUUCGGAACAUGCGGCGGACAUGCUGGCGGCAAGGGCAGAUGAGAUGAGUGUGCUGGGGAGCUGGACCGAGCAUGGCAUGGUCAGUUCGUCCCAGUCCGUCCAUCCAUCUUUAGCAUGCGGGCAAUUCCUGAGGUUGUUCCAGUUCGAGACACUCAUGUGGCAAACCACAGAACGUGCCGCAAUUCGACUCGCAUCGCAACUGGAUUCCGGAGACUUCAUUUUAGGCCCGCGGUUGGCAACAGGCAGUUUGCGUGUUUGUGCCGAAUUGUUGCGCUUACAACGCGAGCGGGAAGAAGAAGCUGGAUUUGUGACAACGGCCAUGCAGCCAGUCAGCGCCUUGUGGAAGAAUCUGAUGGAUAAACCGUUGCGUGCGAAAGUAUCUUGGGACUCCCAUUUGUUUGCUCUGCGCUGCAUGCGGCGCCGCCUGGCAGCAGCAGCACCUCCAUCCUUGGCAUCCCGUAGCAACGCGGAGAUGGCUGGGGAGCUGAAGGAAGAUGAGCAGGCGCACACUGACAUACCCAUGGAGCUUUGCGAGACGGCGCAGGAUUCAACGCUGAUCUGCUUUGUGGAGUUGGUAGGCUUUGUUGAUGUCGAACGGUUGUUUCCCAACUGGUCGGCUUUGUUGAUUCGAACGCUGCUGCUGCUGGACCCGCCGGGAGAGACAACCAGUGCAGGCUAUCCUAUGCAAGCCCGGAAGAUGUUCAAGGCAACGUUUGCCGGAAGCAUUCUCGUGCAGAGAUUGGCUUGGCAUCCGCCAGCGCCCGUUCCACCGGCCUGGCUCGCCGAUGUUGUUGCUCACCCUGAUGCAUCAAAAGCCCUUCUUCGUGUGUUGGCUCGUUAUCGCGUCAUGGAAGCUGAGGAGUUCUGCGAUUUGGUAGAGCACGUUCUGCUUUCCCAGUUUCUUUCGUGGGGCCACUGCAAUGACACAAUUCUCAAGAGUGAGCUUGUGAAUGAGUUAGUUGGGGCAUGCUUGGACGCUGGCCGCAAGUCUGCAGCUCUGCCUGGCAAUGUUAUUCCUGCCCUUGGUGAGCGGAGGUGUCCUUCACACUGGGCUGGGCAGCAUGUCUUAUGGCGUCUUGAACACUUGGGUCGCAGACUUUUUGAUGUGGCUUUCGUUUUCCAGCAGGGCUUCCUGCCACACUCUUGGCCUGACUGCCUUGAUGGGGAUUGCCACGCGGAGCCCGGCCCUGUGCUGCGGGUCGUGGCAGCGGAAGAUGAUGUUUGUUGCCCUCAGCCACAGGUUGUGGAAGUGGAGGGAACGUGCCUAUGGGAUGAAGGCUUGCUUACAAUUCCGUUGCUUCGGCCGACAAUGAUGGAAGGUAGAGCGCUGACUGAUAAACCAAUUCUGCAUUACGGACGUCAGGUCAUCAUGAGGCACCUAUGGUACAAACACUCGGGGACAUAUUGCGAGGUACCGAAACUCAAGAGCCUCUGGGACUUGGCGUGUUGGUCUCUUUGCGAAGAUGCAAGUUUGAUUCGCCAGGCACUUGAAUACUUGAAAGGCACCUACAGGGAGCUUUGUGGACCCGGGGGCAGUUGGACAGCAGACUGCGAAGAAGCCAUUUUCCAAAUGUUUUUAGCUAUCGAUUUGUCAGUGUUACCCAUUCAGGCUUUGCAAUCACCUUGGGUACCUGUACAGGUGCAAACUGUUCGUCUGUUUGUGCAGCAACAACCGGCUGACCGGUUCCACGAAGAGCUGCAGCAGGAGGUUGCCAGAGCUACCGAGCAUCUAGAGUCAAUUUCUCUCCAGUGUUCGAAGCUCAGCGAAAGGCUCAAUGUGGUAGAGCAGCGAACGGUCAUGAACAAAAGCCAAAUCAGCGAGGCGAGUGUUGCUCUUGAAGAGCAUCAGCGCCGCAAGCGCGAGGCAUUGAAGUAG